AUGUCGGGCAAAUACAGCACUCUUCCAGAUAUUGACAACACUCAACCCGAUAUUUACGAGACUCCCGACGCUACCGAGGAACCUGAAGCCUCGGACGAUGGGUAUAUUCUGGCUGAGGAAGGAAGUGAGGACAUUGUCCGAGAGAAGAUAUCAGUUUCUUCAGGAAUAGACAAGUUUAAUGAUAGUAUUGUCGAUGCCACUGACACUGAUUUCUCUGACCGAAUUACUCGUCAUAAGAAGCAAAUGUACAAGACAUAUGUCAAAAAGCCCAACCUUGAAGCAUCUGAAUAUGAAUUUGUGCCAAGACAACCAGCAUUUCCAGAGACGCCUUUACAAAAGUUGCGGAGAUUAAUGGUUGAAGUGCAGGAAUUGGGUGACGAGGUCGAGAAAAACAAGGAAGAUCCAUCAUUGACAAAGGUAGAACACCCAGAUGUUGUCUCCCAAAUUGCAAAUCUCCAGAAUGAUCUGGUUCGUAUUAACCAGAAUUUAGGAGAGACGCCAUUAGACGUUAGAGAUGGAUCUAUAAUAAAGCAAGCGGAACUUGGCAAGAGGUUGAUUCAUCAGUUGGAGUCUUUUAAAAAUAACGGACUUGCCAAGACUAAUGGAACGAAUGAGAAGGAGGCAAGUAACGAGAGUGGACCCAGUGCGACCUCGGGUGAAAAGGAGGAAUCAAAGAAUAUUGUUACGUACGAGUUAUACUAUUCUCCUGAUACCGCCAAAGUACACAAGCUGGCAAAGACAACUGACUUGGACGAGCGUAUAACUGCUUUAGAGAAACUUAUAGGAACAGCGCAUGGACACAACAUCGAGGAUCUUUCACCGACGAUAACAAAUUCCAACGUUAUUGCCGCUAUCGAGAAAUUAGAACAACAUUUACAGCUACUAACUCAACCGCGUCAUCUUGAAGCUAUAUCCAGGAAAGCCAAAACUCUAACUGCAGAGUUAGAGAGAGUGAACGAAUUAAAGAAUAAAGAGCUGUCGAAUGGUGGUGUCAUACCGUUUGAAACUGGCGAAAAGAUCAACUAUCUGUUCAAUCUGUUAGAGAAAUUGGACCCUCUAAUGUCUGUUGCUCCGGCAUUAGUCAAUCGAUUAAAGUCAUUACAACAGUUGCAUUCAGAGGCUGCAAUAUUCAGUGACACGAUCAAGAUGUUGGCUAGCGAACAAUCAAAGAUCACAGACGAAUUAAAGAGUCUGAACGAUGUAGCCGAAAAGCUUGAGACGUCGCUCUCGGUGAACGAUGAGUCGAUCCAACGUAAUAUUGAUGUUGUUGAUAAGCGUGUCACUGAUCUAGCUGAAAGACUUAGUAAGCUAGUAGCGAAUCAGUAA